GUUGUUGUUACUGAGACGUUGCUUCGUUACUUCAACAGCAGAAGCGACAAGUUCACAGCCCACAGGUGUCGGGGAUGCUGAAGUUUAUUGGACUUGUGCGGUUGCGUUCCAUUGCUUUCCUUGCGUUUGAUUUCUUGUGAUGAUGUAAUCCAAAUCUACAAUGGGCAGCAGACAUUUCCCAAAUCCCUACCCAGACUAUGACGGGCAGUGUUCGUCUCCGAAGCAAGGACGGAUUCCGGAAGCGUUGGAGCAGAUAAUCCGUGGAAGUAUUCACAAGCUGCUGACUGUCCUGAACCAGGGCUUGGCUGACUUACCCUCAGAUGGGGACUACACAGUCUACACUGGGUUUGCAGGCCAAGCCUUGCUUUUUCACCAUCUGUCCAGUGCUCUUGGUAACCAGAGGAAAGAAGAGUUUCUACAAAGGGGGAUAAGUCUGCUGAAACCUGGCUUACGUCAUCUGAAGGGGAAGAAGUACAGUUUCCUGGGUGGAGAUGCUGGAACUUUGGCUGUAGCUGCUGUCAUCUACAGUAAACUAGGCUUGAAAUCAGAAAGCAAAGAUUGUCUGAAGAGAUUGGAAUCCAUAUCCCAGCAUGUUAGCAGAGAGGACAGCUCUGUGUGUGAUGAACUGUUGUUUGGCAGAGUUGGUUACAUCUUCAGUCUGCUCUUUGUACAGAAGCACCUGGGGCAGGACUGUGUAGAUGGUAAAAUCUUGCUCAAGGUGUGUGAUCGUGUGAUAAAAAACGGGCAGAAGUUAGCUGCUGAUGAGAAAUGGGCGUGCCCCCUGAUGUUCACCUGGCAUGAUAAGCACUAUCUGGGUGCUGCUCAUGGGAUGGCCGGCAUUCUCUACAUGCUGAUGCAGGUACCUGACCCAGGAGUGCGAUCUAGGGUAGAGGAAUUAGUGCGACCGACGAUAGACUUCCUCAUGACCCUCCAGUUUCCAUCCGGCAAUUUCCCGUCUUCUAUCGGGAGCGCGUCAGGAGAUAAACUUGUUCACUGGUGUCAUGGUGCUCCUGGAUGGGUCUACAUGUUCACUCUGGCUUACACGCUAUUUGAGGAUGAGAAGUACCUGUCUGCAGCCCGGUCCUGCGGACAGGUGGUGUGGGAGAGAGGCCUUCUUAAGAAGGGGGAUGGGAUCUGUCAUGGGUCUGCGGGUAAUGCCUAUGUCUUCCUGAGUCUCUAUCGCCUGACACGAGAGGAGAAGUACCUGUAUAGGGCCUGUAAGUUUGCGGAGUGGUGUACCAACUUUGAGAAUCAUGCAACGCUUCAAGCUGAUCGACCAUUCUCUUUGUUUGAAGGAAUUGCAGGCACUAUCUACUUCCUGGCUGACUUGUUAAAGCCUGAUCAGGCCAAAUUCCCUGCAUUUGAACUCUGAACCCAUUUUGAACCUCAUCUUGAAUGCUGACUCCAUUUUGAGCCUCAGUUUGAACGCUGGCCCCAUUUUGAACCUCAUCUUGACUCAGUUGUUUUAGACUGUAUUAUGAUAUACAUGUAUAUACGUGGUGAUGUAUAUGUAAUACGUGGUUUAACUUUUAAGCCUGGUUUUGAAGUUUGGGCUUUUAAUGCCCUUACAAUUGUCGACCAAUUAGUGCGCUGAAUAUCGUUAUUUUUGCUUCUGUGAUUUUAUUGUUGAUUUUCAUUUUUAAUUUAUUUAAUUGAAAAAUAAGACAAUGUGUAAUUGCAGUAAAUUUGGUCAAAACUAGACUGCUCCAUACAUUUAUUGGUAGAACAAACUUCUUGUGACUCUUUGUGAAGAAAGAGUGAUAAAAGUGCUCAAACACCAUGAAUGCGCAAAUAGCAUUUCAGUGGUUAUGUGCUGUAUAAAGAUAUGUCUUCAUUCCGCUUCGUCUUAUUCUAGUUUUAGUGUUGUUUUGAUAAUAGGUCAAUGCUGUAUAUAUGUUUUGUUUAUAACAUUAAACUAUAAUAAUCGUACCUGUCAGCAUACAUUUAUGAAUUCUUUUCCGAUGUUUCAGUUCGUACUGUUGAUAUUUCUCUUACCGUCUCUUUCUUUGUCCACAUGUCAUCUACAAGCAAAUGGUCAGUUUAGCAUAUUUCUUGUUAUUGUGUACACAGCUUAUCUUACCGUGGAUAAAUGAUUCUACACGAUCUGCACAAUAUUAGGGUUAUGUAAUUUUUAACAGAUAUCAAAUUUUCUGAUAAGCUCUCCGUAAAUGUCGCUCAGAGUUACUCCCCUUGUUAUAUUAAGCUUUCUUACGGCGUGUUUCGUAUUCUUCACUUUCGUCGUCUUUGUUUUAUGAAAAUAAAUGGUGACAGAGAACUGUUA